UUUCCGUAUCUGGUCACACUGGUUGUUGUGUUCUCCACUUCGUCGCGUCGCCUUAACAAAAGUGUUAAAUAUUGUUAACAGAAACGCUUCGCACGCACAGUAGCCGGCCGAUUAUGAGUUUAGACGCCACACUGAUCGUAAAAACAGAACGGAAAAACGCUUGAAAUUGUAAAUAAACAUAGUUACUUAUGUUAAACUUUUUUUUUUUGGUAAGAAGCCAGUAACAAACAAACCACGAAUAAAAACGCAAGUGUGUGAGUGCAAAUUUUAGAAAUAUUUAUUAAACUCGAGAAAUUUAUUCAAAACGCACAAACAAAAAGAUACAUAUUAAAAAAGGAGCGCGCGACAAAUAAAAAGAGGAGCAUACAAGAAAAAACGCCGACUGCGAAAACGGCGACAAAGUGAAAUUGAUAAUAAACGCAUAAUUUAUUUAAAAUAAUAACCAAUCAACGGCGGCAGUCAGUUAUAAAUAAUUAAGAAAGUUAAGAAGAAAAGCACACAACGAAAAUGGCAACACUAAACAAAUUCACAAAAACUUUGUCCAUUGAUGAAAAGGCCGAGAUCAAGGAGAAAUUCAUAGAGUUGGACGCCAACAAGGAUGGCUUCAUCGAUCUUCACGAGCUGAAGGAUGCACUCAACCAAGUGGGCUUCAAGCUGGCCGGCUACCAGGUGCGCGAGAUGAUCGAUGAGUACAAGGGCAAACAGCUGACCGCCUUCCAGGGCAAACUGAACCUGGAGGAGUUCGAGGCCCUGUGCCUCGAUCUAAAGAGCAAGGAUGUGGCCAGCACAUUCAAGACGGUCGUCUCCAAGAAGGAGAACCUGGAGACGCUCGGCGGCAUGUCGAGCAUCUCGUCGGAGGGCACCACCCAUUCGGUGCGGCUCGAGGAGCAGCUGGCCUUCUCCGACUGGAUCAACUCGAAUCUGGGCCACGACAAGGACCUGCAGCACCUGCUGCCCAUCGACAGCGAGGGCAAGCGUCUGUAUCUGAGCAUCAAGGAUGGCAUCCUGCUCUGCAAAAUCAUCAAUCACUCCUGCCCCGACACCAUCGACGAGCGGGCGAUCAAUAAGAAGAACCUCACCGUCUACCGGGAGUUCGAGAACUUGACCCUGGCGCUGGUCUCCUCCCAGGCGAUCGGUUGCAACAUCGUGAACAUCGAUGCCCACGAUCUGGCCAAGGGCAAGCCCCACUUGGUGCUGGGUCUCCUCUGGCAGAUCAUCCGCAUCGGUCUCUUCAGCCACAUCACCUUGGACAGCUGUCCCGGCUUGGCUGGCCUUCUCUUCGACAACGAACGGCUGGAGGAUCUGAUGAAGAUGUCGCCGGAGGCCAUCCUCCUGCGUUGGGUCAAUCAUCACCUGGAGCGUGCCGGCAUCUCGAGGCGGUGCACCAACUUCCAGUCGGACAUCGUCGAUUCGGAGAUCUACUCGCACCUGCUGAAGCAGAUUGCCGGCAACGAUGCCGAUGUCAAUCUGGACGCUCUGCGGGAGUCGGACCUUCAGUCCCGGGCGGAAAUCAUGCUGCAGCAGGCUGCCAAGCUCAACUGCCGCAGCUUCCUCACGCCACAGGACGUCGUCAACGGCGUCUACAAGCUGAACUUGGCCUUCGUGGCCAACCUGUUCAACAACCAUCCGGGAUUGGACAAGCCCGAGCAGAUCGAGGGACUCGAGUCCAUCGAGGAGACGCGCGAGGAGAAGACUUACCGCAACUGGAUGAACUCAAUGGGUGUGGCGCCGCAUGUGAACUGGCUGUACUCCGAUUUGGCCGAUGGCCUGGUCAUCUUCCAGCUGUUCGACGUCAUCAAGCCGGGCAUUGUCAACUGGAGCCGGGUGCACAAGCGCUUCAGCCCGCUGCGCAAGUUCAUGGAGAAGCUGGAGAACUGCAACUACGCGGUGGAUCUGGGCAAGCAGCUGAAAUUCUCGCUGGUCGGAAUCGCUGGCCAGGAUCUUAACGAUGGCAAUGCCACGCUGACGUUGGCUCUCAUCUGGCAGCUGAUGCGCGCGUAUACCCUGUCCAUUCUGUCCCGCUUGGCCAACACUGGCAACCCCAUCAUCGAGAAGGAGAUCGUCCAGUGGGUGAACAACCGAUUGACGGAGGCUGGCAAGCAGUCGCAGCUGCGUAACUUCAACGACCCGGCCAUUGCCGAUGGCAAGAUCGUGAUCGAUCUGAUCGAUUCCAUCAAGGAGGGCAGCAUCAACUACGAGCUGGUCCGCACCAGCGGCACACAGGAGGAUAACCUGGCCAAUGCCAAGUACGCCAUCUCCAUGGCCCGCAAGAUCGGAGCCCGCGUUUACGCCCUGCCCGAGGACAUCACCGAGGUGAAGCCCAAGAUGGUGAUGACCGUCUUCGCCUGCAUGAUGGCCCUCGACUACGUGCCCAACAUGGACAGUGUGGACCAGAACAACCACAACAGCUCCGCCAACAACAGCAACAGCAAUUAGGCGCCAUAGCCACAACUCAAUUAUAUAUAUACAUACAUAAACAAGAGGAUGGGAUUUUGAAAGGGAAAGAACAGUGGGAACUACGUAAAAUUUUCGUAUUCGCUAAUUACUAACUACUCUAUCCGAUUGCGUUCCCUCCUGCGCAUUUGUGUUUACUUUUUUUUAAAUUCGAUUACUUUUUGUAAUUUUUUUUAUUAUAUAUUUAUAUAUUAUAUACUUGAGUAUGAGUUUCCCCCUAUUGUAAUUAAGCAAACAGAUUUUAGAGUGUCGCGCGCAUCUGUUUCCCAGCCCCGCGAGGUGUUUCUUUAUUAGUUUUGUUUAACAAUUGUUUAAUUAUACAACUGUAACCUUAUUUUAUAAAUAGAGGUUUUGCUUUUUCCACUUAAAAUCCUUAAAAGAAAAGAACUAAGAAACGAAAAAAAAAAAAAAACAAGCGACAAAGUUGAAUGUGCAAGAUUAAGUGAGAAUUGUAAUAUUAACAUUACGACAAAAACAAUGGAAACAAUUAAUUUUGUAAUAUAUAUACAUAUAUAUUUAUAUACGACUACGAUAUGCGCCUAUUAUAUAAUGCCCGCCGAUCGAAAUUUAUGCUACCUUGCAGAACCAAAGGCACUCUUAAGGAAGCACUAAUAAUUCCACUUUUGUGCCUUUGAUUCUGCCAUGUUGCAAAAAUGCAGGUCGUAUUUAGACUCUUCUUGGGCACGGUACAUAACAUAUAUUUACAUAAAUCGAUAUAUUUUUGCAUGAAUGCGUUGCCUGAAGGGGAGAUAAUUAACGAAGAUCGGGAAUAUCCAGAAACAAAAGAAAUUGACAAAACAAAAAACAGAGUAAAUAAUUUUGUAUUUAAUAUAUUUUUUUUUUUGCGUAUAAUUGUAAGCCGCUUUUGUUUAUGUUUUUUCCAACGCGUAUGUUUGUUCUACUUCGUUUAAAAUAUUUGUUUAAUUUUGCGUUUAAGUGCUUUAGAGCGAGAUGGCAAUAGGCGGCGCCAACAUGGCGUAGAAAGAGAGGGCAACAAACAUUUUUUAGUGCAAUGAGGCGACAUACAAAUCCAAGAGAAAAAACGAAAUAAGAAAAAGAAAGUAAUACUAUAUGCAUAAUACAAGUAAAACAAUAAAGAAACUAAAAAAAAAUACUAAAAUAAAA